GACUGAGAGAAAAUAUUCUUGAUACUUAUAUCUGCAAAAGGACUUUUUCCCCAGAAUAUAUAAAGAACCCUUAAACUGAAUAAUAAGACAGCAGCCCAAUUAAAAAGUAGGCAAAAGACUUGAAGAGUCACUCAACAAUAAAAGAUAUUCAAAUGGCCAAUAAGGCUGUGGCAGGAGGGGCCCUGAGGAAGAUAAGUCUGGUGUUUCUUAAAAUGGCCUGAUAUGAAGGCUUCACGCCUCCUGCCAUUCCAAGCCUCCAGAGCUGCCCUGUGUCUGCCUUGUGCUUCAAGUGCAGGAGCCAGUUGAAAUGUCAGGAAUGGAGGCCAAUGUGACCAUCCCAAUCUGGCAAAACAAGCCACGUGGGGCUGCUGAAAGUAUAGUGAGAAGAAUCGGGACCGACCUGCCCCUGAAGCCAUGUCCCCGGGCAUCCUUUGAGACCCUGCCCAACAUCUCUGACCUGUGUCUGAGGCAUGUACUGCCAGUCCCUACUCUGGCUGACAUCGUCUGGAUUCCUGCAGAUGUAGAGGAGACUUAUGUCCUGGUCAGGAGCGAUACACGCCCCCUGAGGCACACCUGCAAGCCCAGCCCUCUGAUCGUCAUUCAGCGCAAUGCCUCAGUGCCCAAACUGCGUGGGUCGGAGGAGAGGCUUCUGGCCUUGAAGAAGCCAGCCCUGCCAGCCCUUGGCUGCACCAAAGAGCUGCAGGAUGAGCUGAGCCACCUGAGCAGCCAGAUUGCUAAAAUGGUGUCAGCUGAUGCAGGAAGUUCAAAUGUCUCUUCUCCCUUACCUUGUUUUGGAUCCUCAUUCUACUCUACAACUUCCUUUGUCAUUAGUGACAUCACCAAGGAGACCAAGGUACAGGUCCCUGAGCUUCCAUCAGUCCCCCUGCUUUGUUCUGCCAGCCCUGAAUGUUGCAAACCAGAACACAAAGCUACCUGCAGCCCGUCCGAAGAAGAUGACUGCGUCUUUCUGUCCAAGGCCAGCAGCUUUGCAGAUAUGAUGGAUAUCCUAAAGGACUUCCACCGAGUGAAGCAGAGCCAAGACCUGAACUGGAGUUUAUUGAAGGAGGAAGACCCUGCCAUGCUUACCUCUGAGGUCCUAAGGAGGAAGUUUGCUCUGAAGGAAGAAGAUACCAGUAGAAAAGGAAAUUGAUAGCACUCAGCUCUGCAAACUAAGCCUCAGGCUCCUGGAAUUCCUUCAAUAGCUGCCUUCCUCACCGCAGAUGCUUCUGCCUCUCAAUUAGAAAUCUUCUGCAACAGUCUUGCCGAAAGCUAGAGCUUAGACCAAGAGAAGAGCUGCACUGUAUGUUUUCCAUACUUCAAACCUUAGCAGAAGCUAAGGCCUGUUUUGAGCUGAGACACGUUACAGGUAAUUGUAUAGGUUGGAAUGUCCCAGUUUAAAGGGUGAGAUAGAAGUUUCUGGUUUUUCCUUGCCCCUGUGUGAAAAUAGGUCCUAAAUGAAUGACUGACUUCACUGCACUAGACCCCAUAACUGGUCUUACUGAACACUUUGUGCCCAGCAGUCACUUACUCUGAGUGGCUUCCUUGCAGCAGAGCAGGGCUGAGGGCAGGGGGCUAUGUUUAUGUGCACGUUCACAGAGCAGGGAAGAUCUUAUGCUGCUCCAUCAUGAACUGACACCAGUGCCCAGCAAUCACUCCCUCCCCCUUCCCGGUCCAACACCUACAUGUAGAGGUCGGGCCACUGGACCAGCUGACACUUGGGCUGCUGGGAGGCCUGGGCUGUUUUUUUCUUAAAUAUAUUUUGUAAUACUGUACAACCAAAUCUACCUUCCAAGGCCCUGGGGCCUCAUUGGUUCCACUAAUUGAAAGCUCUUUCUCUUCCACAAACUUGAGUUUAAGCCCAGUAGGAAAGAGAAAUGGAGAGGGGAAAGAGAGUACCAUCCUUCUUCCAGGCCCUUGACUGCUCCUUUGCAUUGGGCCAAGGUUUUUACUACCACACCGUCCAUGACUCGGAUGCCCUCAGGUCCGUUUUCUCUACGGUAUGUAUCCUGUGUGUGUUUAGGUUGAAGCACUACCUGACAUUAAAGGACGGAUUUGGAGAGAAAAAAGAAAAACAA